AUGCUCCUUGAAUCACACCAUCCCAUCCCAUGUCUGGGCGAAUGUUACCAUACCGAGAUCCAUGCCGACGAAUUCGGCUUCGACCCGCCAAACUGGACUUACCUGGACCAAGCCAAAUCCCCGCGGAGGGGGACACAAGCGGAUGGCGGGAAAGAGGGGCGCGUGGGGAAACAGGAGGAGGAGCGGAAAGAGGAGGACGAGGAGGGGAGUGGUAGCAGUUCUCUGGAAGAGCGGGUGAAUGCGAUUGACGGCAGUGGGGGAGAGCAAGCGGAGGAGCGUGGGGGAGUAAAUGGGAGUGAGGACAGAAGGGAGCACGGGGACUGGGAGGGGGAUGGGCGGGAGGAGGAUGGGCGGGAGGAUGGGCGGGAGGAGCAGCUCGCAAUGGUUGGCGCUAUGCUGGAGGGUGGGUGGCCGGGGCAGGAGAUAUCUUGGCGGGAUGCGGGAGAGCUGUGGCCUAGGCUUGGCAAAAGGGGGAGUGCUGUGCGGAAAGGAGGAUUCGAGGGGAAGGGGGGAAAUGAGGGGGAAGGGGAGGUUGAGACGGCAGGGGCGGGGAGAGUGGUGAGCGAGAGAGGAGGGAUGGGGAGGAGGAGGAUGGAGAGGGGUGGGGAGGAGGAGGGAGAGGGCGGGGAGGAGGAGGGAGAGGGCGGGGAGGAGGAGGGAGAGGGCGGGGAGGAGGAGGGAGAGGAUGGAGAAGAGAAGGAAGAGAGUGCAGAGGAGGAGGGUGAGGGUGGGGAGGGCGGGUACGAGGGAGAGGAUUACUAUGAAAGACGAGGCAAAGAGGACGAGGAGGGCGAGGGGGAAAGAAGGGAAGGAGGAUGA